CUCCCCGCGCGCAGCCGCCCGAACCCGCCCAGACUGAGCGCUGGAGGUGCCGCAGCCGCCGCCGCCGCCGCCGCGAUGUGACCUUCAGGGCCGCCAGGACGGGAUGACCGGAGCCUCCGCCCCGCGGCUCCCGCGGCUCGCCUCGGCCUCCCGGGCGCUCUGACCGCGCGUCCCCGGCCCGCCAUGGCCCCUUCGCCCUCGCCCGGGCCCGCCGCCCUGCGCGGCGCGCCGCUGCUGCUGCUGCUGGUGGUGGUCGUGGAGUGCGCGUUUGCCGCGCUGUUGCCGGCGCGCGAGGCCACGCAGUUCCUGCGGCCCAGGCAGCGCCGCGCCUUCCAGGUCUUCGAGGAGGCCAAGCAGGGCCACCUGGAGAGGGAGUGCGUGGAGGAGCUGUGCAGCCGCGAGGAGGCGCGGGAGGUGUUCGAGAACGACCCCGAGACGGAUUAUUUUUACCCAAGAUACUUAGACUGCAUCAACAAGUAUGGGUCUCCGUACACCAAAAACUCAGGCUUCGCCACCUGCGUGCAAAACCUGCCUGACCAGUGCACACCCAACCCCUGCGAUAGGAAGGGGACCCAAGCCUGCCAGGACCUCAUGGGCAACUUCUUCUGCCUGUGUAAAGCUGGCUGGGGGGGCCGGCUGUGCGACAAAGAUGUCAACGAAUGCAGCCAGGAGAACGGGGGCUGCCUCCAGAUCUGCCACAACAAGCUGGGCAGCUUCCACUGUUCCUGCCACAGCGGCUUCGAGCUCUCCUCUGAUGGCAGGACCUGCCAAGACGUAGACGAGUGUGCAGACUCGGAGGCCUGCGGGGAGGCACGCUGCAAGAACCUGCCCGGCUCCUACUCCUGCCUCUGUGACGAGGGCUUUGCGUACAGCUCCCAGGAGAAGGCUUGCCAAGAUGUGGACGAGUGUCUGCAGGGCCGCUGUGAGCAGGUCUGCGUGAACUCCCCAGGGAGCUACACCUGCCACUGUGACGGGCGUGGGGGCCUCAAGCUGUCCCAGGACAUGGACACCUGUGAGGACAUCUUGCCGUGCGUGCCCUUCAGCGUGGCCAAGAGUGUGAAGUCCUUGUACCUGGGCCGGAUGUUCAGUGGGACCCCCGUGAUCCGACUGCGCUUCAAGAGGCUGCAGCCCACCAGGCUGGUAGCUGAGUUUGACUUCCGGACCUUUGACCCCGAGGGCAUCCUCCUCUUUGCUGGAGGCCACCAGGACAGCACCUGGAUCGUGCUGGCCCUGCGAGCCGGCCGGCUGGAGCUGCAGCUGCGCUACAACGGUGUCGGACGCGUCACCAGCAGUGGCCCGGUCAUCAACCAUGGCAUGUGGCAGACAAUCUCUGUUGAGGAGCUGGCGCGGAAUCUCGUCAUCAAGGUCAACAGGGAUGCUGUCAUGAAAAUCGCGGUGGCCGGGGACUUGUUCCAACCGGAGCGAGGACUGUAUCAUCUGAACCUCACCGUGGGAGGUAUUCCCUUCCACGAGAAGGACCUCGUGCAGCCUAUAAACCCUCGUCUGGAUGGCUGCAUGAGGAGCUGGAACUGGCUGAACGGAGAAGACACCACCAUCCACGAAGCGGUGAAAGUGAACGCGAGGAUGCAGUGCUUCUCGGUGACGGAGAGAGGCUCCUUCUACCCCGGGAGCGGCUUCGCCUUCUACAGCCUGGACUACGUGCGGACCCCUCUGGACGUCGGGACUGAAUCAACCUGGGAAAUAGACGUCGUGGCUCACAUCCGCCCAGCCGCAGACACGGGCGUGCUGUUUGCGCUCUGGGUCCCCGACCUCCGUGCUGUGCCUCUCUCUGUGGCCCUGGUAGACUAUCACUCCACGAAGAAGCUCAAGAAGCAGCUGGUGGUCCUGGCCGUGGAGCACGUGGCCUUGGCCCUAAUGGAGAUCAAGGUCUGCGAUGGCCAAGAGCAUGUGGUCACUGUCUCGCUGAGGGACGGUGAGGCCACCCUGGAGGUGGACGGCACCAGGGGCCAGAGCGAGGUGAGCGCCGUGCAGCUACAGGAGAGGCUGGCCGUGCUCGAGAGGCACCUGCGGAGCCCCGUGCUCACCUUUGCCGGUGGCCUGCCAGAUGUGCCGGUGACUUCAGCGCCAGUCACCGCAUUCUACCGCGGCUGCAUGACACUGGAGGUCAACCGGAGGCUGCUGGACCUGGACGAGGCGGCGUACAAGCACAGCGACAUCACGGCCCACUCCUGCCCCCCCAUGGAGCCCGCCGCAGCCUAGCCCCCACGGGACGCGGCAGGCUCCUCAGCCUCUAUCCGAAACAGCAGGGAGAAGCCCGGGGGCUGCUCACCAGGUGGGGCCAUCCUGAGAGCUGGGCUUUCCUCUGACCGUCCUGGCCUGUAACAUAUCUGUAAAUAGUGAGAUGGACGUGGGGUCUCUGAUGCCGUGCACUCAGCCGCGGGCCCGGGCACGGGGAGGCCGGCGCAGGGCAGAGCGGGCUCGAAGAAAAUAAUUCUCUAUUAUUUUUAUUACCAAGCGCUUCUUUGACUCUAAAAUAUGGAAAAUAAAAUAUUUACAGAAAGCUUUGUAA